AUAACAUCCUUAUUGUUGUGGCGAUAAUCCUCUUUAGUAGUAAUGGAUGCUGUAAUAUUGGUAUAUAUUAUUACACUUGCGCUGAAACAUAAAAUACUUCAUUUUUAGGCCACGGUUUGUUUGAAGUAUUAUAUUGUAGAUCAAUCCUUCUCUUUUUCAGUUAUCUAGAGUAACUAAGUUAGCUAGCUAGCAAGUUAGCUGCAAUUACUGUUAGCCUCAAUAAAUUCAGUAACAAGGAGGUCAGCUAGCUAAUUUGCAAGUGUGUACGUAUUGACCUGCGGGCGGGGAAAAAUGGCAAACCUCUUCCAAAAGACAAAGUGGGGACAGGAAUCAGAGGGAUGCACGACGAGAGAGGACACUCAGGAGGGCAUGAGCCGAUAAAAACGGAAAAAGGAUAAUGAUUUCGCGAUACAGUAGGAGACUAGUAUCGCACAAUCUUGAGAUUCGGGGCAUAUCCCGAAGCAGCCUUGACCAUCACCCUCUCCCAGAGGAGGAAGACGAUAACUUCCUCCCCCAGCGCCUCCUCCAUGACCUUCAGGAAGCUGUCUCCACUUACAACAGCUCGGAGACGACAUCUGCAGCCUCUCGCCGGUCAGACUGUCCAACGGCCACUACUGGAGACACGACGCGGUCCUGGUCUGGGAUCCACAGCUACACAGGGACGGGUAUCUCUACAGAGAGGAGCUCUGUGUUCUCCUGGGGCUAUGAUGAAUUUGACAAGGCGGCGUCGCAACAGGUGCAGCAGAUGUUUGAGGAGAUUGACGAGGAGCUUUAUGAGGGGCGGGGUGGGGUGCAUCUACGGGGGCUGCAAGAUGAGUGUCAUCAGUGGGCCUUCAGGUUCCCUCACCUACGGAUUCUGGGUAGUCAGCUGGUGUGUCCCAGUGACGAGGGCUUCCAGUGGUACGCCACUUCAGGGGAGGGGACCGGGACAGCCAGCAGCAGUGCAGCUGGACAAAAGGACAGCAUCAGUAGCAAGCCCCAGGACAAGGACAAGCCUGGCCCCUGCACAGAUCUGUGUGUGCAGGGUAGGAAGGCUGUGCUGUCCAGGCCCAGUGCGGAUGUUGACCACCCCCCUGGUACUCCCAGUGGAUCCAGAGGUCAUGACAGGCCCAGGGUGAUCGAGGCUGAAGGCCUGAUGGAGGAGUACCUGGCCUUUGACUGCAGGGAUUUGGAUGACAAGUGGGAGCGGGGGUGCAUGGGGGCUGGUCGGCGGCAGUACGGCCUGCCUCCGGUGUCUCCCUACCGCUGUCGCAGACAGGCAGUCCUCGACCUGCUGUUUGACGAUGUGUGGCGAGAGCUGUUUGGCUGGAUGGAGGAGCUGGUCCGCAGGCACUGGGAGGGCUGUGUGUCAGAUGAUGAGAAAAAUGCAGUGAACUUCAGCCCAUCCCAGUCAGAUGCUCAGAACCCUUUCCAGCUCCUGUCCACACUGCCCACCCAGAGCAGGGUGCCCCAGCUAACAGGAACCCCGCAACCCCAGUCCAGUCGGGUUACAGUAGAGGCGGCGGUGACACAUCACAACCUCAACGAACUCAUAGUCAUCCACGGCAUCCCCCUGCAGCAGAGGAACCUGGGAGUGAUGGAGAGAGCCCAGUAUGGAGACCAUAAGGACCCUGAGGAGAGGGUGAUGACCCAUAGGCCAGGGUCCACCGUGAUUCCGUCUAGCAAGCCACGUCCUCGCCGGGUGCUAGAGCAGAGCUCCUCCUCCCUGUCCCGCCCUGCCCAGUCGGCGAGACGCCGUAACCUGCCUCCGCGCACCCUUUUGCCCCUGGUUCCCAGCCUGACGCAGUCCAGUGCCGCUGGCUCCAUGGAUGAGGUCAUCCGUGGGACGCGCCUACCCACAGCCAGUGACCGCCUGGCCCCUCCUCCGAUGCCUCUGAGCAGGAACACACUCCUUCCUCCCAUCGGCUCAGGGGACGCUGAGCCCAGGCACUCUGGACAGCACUUCAGACCUACUCAGCGGCAUAGACACUCGUCCAGUCGUGCCCACAGUGCUGUUACAGAUGAGGCAGGUAGUUUGCUUCCUCGGGAUCGGCUUCAUCAAUUGGACAUAUUCUCCCGUCCCAACACCACCCACACCUACAGGUCGGACACCCCUUACCGCCGCUCCUUCACGGUGCUGGACAACAUUGGACAGGGACGUCCUGGCAGGGCAUCUGUGGGUACAGACUCUCUGGGAAUUGGAGUGACGGGCAUCAGUCUGGGCAUCAGCAGCUCCUCCUUUCUGGACUCCUUUGCCCACCACCCCCUGGGCCACUCCCCCAUUGAAGAUGAGGAGGAGUCUGACACAGAAGCCCCUCAGCCAGCUCUACUGGUGCCUGUUUCAGUCCCAGCAAGCUCCCACAACCGGGGUGGCUUCAUGUCCCGCAGUAGCAGACCUGGGUUGUAGCUGCUUUGACCUCACCCACCUCCACCUUCUCCAACCCCACUCUCCUCAGCACAGCAGGGUGCAAGCCCUGCUUCAGAUCCCAACGGUGCCCUCAAACGACACUUUAUAGAGAAGCAGAUCUUUUGUACAAUGUACUGUUUGGUGUUUUUAUUUAUUGAUGCUUUUUGUCUUUCGAGAGCCUUAUUUUUGUAUUUUGGAACUCUCAGCUUACCUGGCUGCCAAAGAUAGUAAACUGUCUCAUUUACCACCUGUAUGUUGGUAUGUACUCUACCGUUCAAAAGUUUGGGGUCACUUAGAAAUGUCCUUGUUUUUGACUAAUCUAAGUUUGAGCUGUUCGGAUCAGAAAGAAGAACAUUCGUGAGAUUCACAAAAAAUGGAAAGAUGCUGGAGGCGUGCUUGACACCUUCUGUCAAGCAUGGUGGAGGCAAUGUGAUGGUCUGUGGGUGCUUUGGUGGUGGUAAAGUUGGAGAUUUGUACAGGGUGAAAAGGAUCUUGAAGAAGGAAGGCUUUCACUCCAUUUUGCAACGCCGUGCCAUACCCUGUGGACGGCUCUUAAUUUGAGCCAAUUUCCUCCUACAACAGGACACAGCUCGAAACUUUGCAAAAACGAUUUAGGGAAGAGGCAGUCAGCUGGUUUUCUGUCUAUAAUGGAGUGGCCUGCACAGUCACCGGAUCUCAACCCUAUUGAGCUGUUGUGGGAGCAGCUUGACCGUAUGGUACGUAAGAAGUGCCCAUC